GAGCAGUUUCAUAAAAAAGACAGUAGUAGUAGCUUGCCAGAUCGGCGAUUGCUGGAAUUCACCUGAGAUUUGUUGGAGACGGAAUCGGUGUUCCCCGUCAGCUUGCCAUUCGAUGGGAAGACUUGCGACGGAGGAGUUGUGUUUGGCGAAGAAUUCGCCAGAAUGCUUGUGCAGCAUAGCAUGCUUCAUGUUUAAUGAAGCAGAAAGACUCGUGGCAUUUGCUGGCCGCAACGCGGCAAAAAGUUGGGUGGCCCAGCUGAUUGCUGUUGAACCUGAGCAUUUGCAAAACUUGAAGUAUCCAUGUGAUCAUGUUGCUGGCACAGUUGUUUCAUGACACCGCAUUCGGCCGAGAUUUUUUUUGUGGCUUCAGUGCUCGGAGAGCUCCUUGCGUAGUUUCCACAGUUCCAGUGACUCGUUCGAACCAAAGAGUUCCGAUGACGCAGAAAUUGGCGAGCUCUGCGAGCUCGAGCUGGCUAACGAACAGUUUGAUUUGUAUGGCUUUGUACGGCUUCUGGGGUUUCCUUUCCAAACUGGCCCUGGUGAAGGGUUUGUCGGCCUCCCAAGAGGCGACCAUCGAGAAGGUGGGAUUCUUCAUGCUGAUGCCGCUGGUCAUGAAACCAUCUUCCAAUGAUAGCGGCAGCAGCAGCAGCAUCUCUUCACGACCCAAAAUGGCUAUCCUGGCGGCCCUGAUGAGUGGAGCCAGUGCUGCCGUGGCAUCCCUGUUUUAUUCCCGGGCCAUGGCCGAAGGUGAUGCUGGAGCUGUCUCGGCCUUGACGGCCAGCUAUCCUCCUGUGACGCUGAUGCUGGGGAUGGCUUUUGGGGGAGAGACACUGACGAAGAACAAACUGCUGGGCUCCAUCCUCACAGUGCUGGGGGCACUUUUCUUCGCGCGGAAGUGAGGGCGAUGAUCAGAUGUUGUGUCACCAUGGUGGGGCAAUUACUGUACCCAUCGUGCAAUACGUUGGAACUCGAUUGGAGAAAUGAG